AUGCAGACAGAUUAUAGAGUGCCUACAACAAAUACAGCAGCAAUGCGUGAACAACAACAUCGAAAACGAUCAAUUUCGAGCAUCAAUUCUCGUAAACGUGAUCGUCAUGACCUCAUCUGUGUUGUAUGUCUUGCGCCAGCAAUGGGUUAUAAUUUCGACCAAAUAACAUGUGAAAGUUGUAAAGCAUUUUUUCGUCGCAAUGCAUUAACUAAUUCAGGCAAAUUAAAAUGUCGAUCUGGUACCGAUGAUUGUGUUGUUAAUUUAGAAACCAGAAAACGAUGUAAAGCUUGUCGACUUAAAAAAUGUUUCGAUAAAGGUUUACGAAAAGAAUGGAUUAUGUCGGAAGAAGAAAAACGAACAAAAAAACAAAAAAUUGAAGAUAACCGUCGUUUACGUGCAAUGUCACAAAAUUUAACAAUGUUCUCACUUACGCCAGCAAGUUCUCCAUCAAAUGCCCCUGAAACUAAACUUUAUAGUUUUCCAAUUAAAAAUGAAAAACACAGUUUUGAUGAUUUCGAUGAUAAUAAUAAUAAUAAUAAUAAAGAAAGUCUUCUUCUUUUUGAUUAUAAAGAUGAGUCCGCGAAUUUUAAAAUAAUGCAUGAAUUAUUGAAUCAUAAUAGUAAUACUGAUGAAAUCCAACAAAGUUCAUUCGAUUAUAAAACAUUAUUAGAUGAAAACGAUCGAUUAUUAAUAACACAAAUUGAUGAAAAUUAUACUCAUGCUGUUGAAUUAAACGUAUCAAUUGCAGAAGAUUAUGAUUUACCAUGUUUAAGAAAUCUCAAUCAUAUUACAAAUAUCGUGAAUGAACUAACACACAUAAGUACAUUACGAACGAUUACAUUCUACAAAUUGACACCAGAAUUUAAUUCUUUACAUGAAGAUGAUCGCUUAGCACUAGUCAAGCAUAACCUAAUGGCUUCAUUAUUUUUUCAUUUAUGCAUGUGCGUUGAUAAAGAUACACAAAUAUAUCGUGAACCAAAUACAUCGCGUGAUUUUUGCUACAAUGCCAACGAAUUACGUCUGUACUCCGAUGAUGUUUACAAUCAAUCGAUGAUCUUCCUUCAAGAAGUUCAAGAUCUAUGUGCAAACGACCAUUUAAUCAUGAAAAUAGCCAUGUUAAUCAUGAUUUUUACAAAAGGAUCCGAUUUGAACGAGCCAUAUUGGCUUGAGCCACACAAAAUUUUUCACGCACAAAAUGUUUUCGUGGAUCUUCUGUGGAAAUAUCUUACCGUCCGUUUUAACAGUGAUUUAACACCAUCGAUUUAUUCGCGUCUUAUUUUUGCUUGUAUGAAUGCACAAAUACUAGGACGAAAAACGAAAGAAGCUGUGUCUAAACAGAACGUUAAUAAUGAACAUCUUGCUCCGCUGAUGCAAUCAGUUUUAUUGAGUAUCUAG